GAUGUGUAUCUAAAUUUAUAUGCAUCGUUGAGACGAGGGAAUUGACUUUGGUGCCUCAAAAGUAGCGUUUCUAAGCUAUAAGUACAUAAAGAGAGAGAAAGAAAAAGAGAAAUUAAAAGAGAAGAGAGAUUCUGAUAAAAUUUGUGAUAUCUCUUCUAAUUCAAAUGGGAAAAGGAAAAGACAAAGAGAUCAAUAUUAUGGAGAUUGAUUAUAAUUUAUCACUGAAAAUUGAUUCUAGAGAAGAUGAUAUUGAUGAUGAUCAUGAAGGAAAAGCUCAAGAAAAUGGUGAUGAUGAAGAAUUAGUGGAAGAAAGAGAAGAAUCAAAAUUACAUGAUAAUGGUGAAGAUGAUGAAGAUGAUGAUGAUGAUGAUGAUGAGCCAAUUACAGUGCAACUAGUGCAUAGUAAUAGCAAAGAAGCAGCUGGUGAAGUAGAAGAUGAGGCAUCAGUAGUUGAAUCCUUGCAACAGAAUAAUAAUAUGAAGCCACAAGAGUUAUCGAAGCUACAAAUGGAAAUGAACCGCAUGAAAGAAGAAAACAUUGUACUGAGAAAAGUGGUCGAAAAGACGAUGAAAGAUUAUUACGAGCUUCAAAUUAAAUUCGCCUCUAUUCAGCAAAACAACCCUAAUAAUAUUAAAAAGCAGGAUACAUUAGCUUUCCUUUCUCUACAUCAUGAGACUACUCAACAAAAAACUAGUGGUACUACUACUACUACAGUACUACUUUCAAAUAAACGUAAGUCUCCAUCGCCGGCGCCGGCAUCGACGGUUGAGGAAGACAGUCAUGAAUUAGGGUUGUCACUGAGGCUACAAUCGAGCACUACAAGUACUACUACUCAGAAUAAGGGAGAACAUAAUAAUAAGAAGGAUCAAGAAGAUCAUAUGCUCGAUCAUGGUGGUUUUACAAGUUAUAAUAACAGCAACAACAACAACACGUUAUUGGCAAUGCAAAACAAGUUGCUUCAAAGAACUAGUAGUAGUACUGAUCAUAAUCAUCAUAAUAAUCAACACCAAAUUGCUGGGAUAACUAACCACGUCACCAAUGGUAACCCACCUAACAGAAAGGCUAGGGUUUCUGUAAGAGCAAGAUGUGAAGCUGCCACAAUGAAUGAUGGUUGUCAGUGGAGAAAAUAUGGUCAAAAAAUAGCUAAAGGAAACCCUUGCCCCAGAGCUUACUAUCGAUGCACUGUAGCUCCAGGAUGUCCAGUCAGAAAACAGGUGCAAAGGUGCUUAGAAGACAUGUCCAUACUUAUAACAACAUAUGAAGGAACACACAACCAUCCACUCCCAGUGGGUGCAACAGCCAUGGCUUCAACCACAUCUGCUGGCCAUGGGGCAUCUUCUUAUAUGUUACUAGAUUCAUCAUCACCAAAUAACCUUUACUCUAACCACACUACUACCUCCAACUACACUCAUCAUAUGCUCAUAAACAACCCUAUGAUGUCUCAUUUCAACUCCUCCUCCUCCUCAUCAUCAUCAUCAACCUUUAGAACUCUUAACCCUAAUAUUAAUAAUGACCCUUCCAAAGGAAUAGUUCUUGACCUCACAAACAAUAUUACUAACACCCCACAAUUCCCAUUACCUUCACUUCAUCAUCAGCCACCCAAUAAUAACAAUUUUUCUUGGAAUACUAUUCCGAACAGUACUAGGCCGUCCUCGGGAGCAUUGAACGAGGGCUCGUGGCAAGGAGAAAGAGGAGGAGGAGAGGAAAAGACGACAUCUAUGGCCGAGAAUGUGACGUCGGCCAUAGCUUCGGAUCCCAAGUUUAGAGUUGCUGUAGCGGCUGCUAUUACAUCUCUAAUGAACAAAGAUCAACAAAGCAACCAUAAUAAUAAUACGAUUGUUGGAUCAUCAUCGAGUACUUUUGAGCAUAAUAAUAAUCCUAAUAAUAAUAAUAAUAAAGAUGGAGAUCAUAGUAGUGGAAAUGGGUCUUCUACAAAUAAUUGGGUGCUUGAAAACAAUAUCUCCUCCAACGGUAAGGCAAUUCGUCAAACACCUUGACAACAUGCUAGCUAUAUAUAUAGAGAAUAUCUCAAAUAAAAUAUACUAUAUAUAGUACAUUUUCAUAUAAUUAAUUAAUUAAAGAAAAAUUGAAAGGAUUUCAUACAAUAUGUGUACCAUUCCAUUUUCUAUAUAGUUGUAGAUUUCGAAUAACUGAUAUUUUGUUAUUAAUCAUUUCAUAGUGAAACUGAAUUAUUAUCAUAAUGUGAUAAUAGAUAAAGGGUUUUCGUUUAA